AUGCCGAACGAAAUCAAGGACAUCCGCACCAUCGACGAGACGUCGUUCCCCUACGUUGUGGAGCUGAAUGCGACGGUGCAAUUGAAGUCGAGCGAGGGCUUGUGCCGCGUGAAUGUCUACCGUCCCAAGGGCACAGAAAAGGUUCCGGUGUUGGUAACAUACGGCCCGUAUGGCAAGGACAUCCACUACAAAGAUUUCCACGCCAAGUCCUACUCCGAAGUCAACCCCGAGCACCACUCCGACCAUUCUGCUUGGGAAACGCCUGACCCCAAGUUCUGGACGACUCAUGGCUAUGCGAUAGUGCGCGCUGACGAGCGCGGUCUGGGACAAUCGCCCGGCCUGCUCGACACCAUGUCGCGCGGUACAAGCGAGGCCUUUUUUGACGUGGUCGAAUGGGCUGCUGAGCAGCCGUGGUCAUCGGGCAAGGUCGGUUUGCUGGGCAUCUCAUACUACGCUGGCUCGCAAUGGCGCGUCGCAGCGCGUAAGCCCAAGGGUCUGUCGGCCAUUGUGCCAUGGGAGGGCAUGUCCGACUACUACCGCGACCGCUGCAGGCACGGAGGUAUCCUGUCGAACAGCUUCAUCAAGUUCUGGUGGGACCGCCAGGUCAUCUCCAACCAGUAUGGACUGCCUGGCCGUGCGGCAAGAAACUGGGGCCCUGAUACUAUCGAGGGCGAUCUUAGCGAAGAGGAAAUGGCCAAAAAUCGCCGGGACCAGAACAUCGAUAAUGCGGAGAACAAUUACCGCGACGAUGGGUAUUACGCUUCCAAGGAGUACGACAUGGCAGACAUUGAGGUGCCACUCCUCUCCGUUGGCAACUGGGGAGGCAUUCUCCUACACCUCCGGGGCAACGUCGAAGGCUUUGUGCACGCCGGCUCCGAGUUCAAGUACCUACGCCUGAUCACUGGCCGCCACGACCUGCCCUUCUACUACAAUGAGGAGGUCGAGGUGCAGCGCAGCUUCCUGGAUGCCUUCCUCAAGGGCGACGACCGCGUCGGCUGGUCCAUCAAGGGCAAAGUGCCGCCCGUCGACAUGGUCCUGCGCAAGGGCGACGUUGGCUUCAAUGACGCCAAAGCUGAGCAAGCCUACCCGCGCCGCACGGAGAACGAGUGGCCCAUCGCCCGCACCAAAUGGACAAACUUCUACCUGACCUCGGACCAGCAGCUGACGCGCCUGGAGCCCCUACACACGCCGCCCAAGAAGCUGUCCUACCGCGCGCUCGGCACCAUCGACGACCCGUCCCUGGUGCAAUUCACGACGCCGCCCUUCGACGAGGAGACGGAGAUCACGGGCAACGUCCUCGCGCACCUCAACGUCGCGGUCAGCGCCGACGCCUCGGGGCCGACGCCCAGCGACAUCGACCUGUUCGUCACCCUGCGCCACCUCUCGCCCGAGGGAAAAGAAGUCUUCUACACGGGCACCGCGGGCGACCCGGUCCCGCUCACCAAGGGCUGGCUGCGCAUCUCGAUGCGCAAGACCAACCCGGAACACGCCAAGCACCGCCCGCAUCUGCCGUGGCGCGAGUAUCUCAGCACCGACCGCCUGCCCGUCAUCCCGGGCGAGGUGUACGGCGUCGACGUCGAGGUGUGGCCGACAAACGUUGUCGUCGAGAAGGGCGGCCGGCUGGUGUUCGAGGUCGCGAGCGGCGACACGCAGGGCAGCGGCAUCUUUUUGCACUCGCAUCCGGUGGAUCGGAGUGAGGAGAAGCUGAGGGGCGUGAACCAUAUCGUGUUUGGGCCGAAGUAUAGCAAUUAUGUUACCUUGCCGGUCAUUCCGCCCAAGUUUGGGGCAUGA